CAACAACAACAACAACAACAACAACAACAACAACAACAACAACAACAACAACAACAACAACAACAACAACAACAACAACAACAACAACAACAACAACAACAACAACAACAACAACAACAACAACAACAACAACAACAACAACAACAACAACAACAACAACAACAACAACAACAACAACAACAACAACAACAACAACAACAACAACAACAACAACAACAACAACAACAACAACAACAACAACAACAACAACAACAACAACAACAACAACAACAACAACAACAACAACAACAACAACAACAACAACAACAACAACAACAACAACAACAACAACAACAACAACAA